AUGGCGGCUUUGAGGGGAAAUGGUAAACAUUUGAAUGGACAUCCCCAUUAUCACAGAUCAGAUUUCCCCAGUGAUGGGGUCCACAGCCUCGGGGCUCUGCCCGCCCCUAUGGCGCUGCUCUGGGUGGAGGCCACCUCACAUUCGCAUCACAUCCUUUGGGGGAAACGAGCCUUUAAUCGCCCCGAGAAGGACACAGCAGCCCAAGCCCGAGGUGCCCUUAGCGCCAUUUAUGUCGGUCGCUGUCCCUCCACAGACCGAGGGCUCCGAGGGAUCGAUCUCCUACUCGUGCGGCCCCCAAGCAUGGGCUUUGUGAGACAGAUCCAGCUCUUGCUCUGGAAGAACUGGACCCUGAGGAAAAGGCAAAAGGUAACAAGUGCAGUCUGCGGUCUCAAAGUGAGACACGUGCUGAGCUGUGUGUCCACUCUGGGUGUGUCUUCUGUAAUUUCUUGCCAUCACUGGUCUUUCUCUCUUUUUGUCUUGUUUUUCCAGAUCCGCUUUGUGGUGGAACUUGCAUGGCCUUUGUCUUUAUUUCUGAUCUUGAUCUGGUUAAGGAACAUCAACCCACUCUACAGCCAACAUGAAUGCCAUUUUCCCAACAAGGCGAUGCCCUCAGCAGGAAUGUUGCCGUGGCUCCAGGGGAUAUUCUGCAAUGUGAAUAAUCCUUGUUUUCAAAGUCCCACCCCGGGAGAAUCUCCUGGAACUGUGUCAAACUAUAACAACUCCAUCUUGGCGAGGGUGUUUAGAGAUUUUCAAGAACUCGUCAUGAAGGCACCAGAGAGGCAGAACCUUGGCCAUGUUUGGAAGGAACUUCAAACCUUGUCUCAACUCAUGGACACCCUCCGGACUCACCCCGAGAGAGUAGCGGGAAGAGGGAUACGAAUUUGGGAUGUCCUAAAAGAUGAAGAAACACUGACACUAUUUCUCACGAGAAACAUUGGCCUGUCUGACUCAGUUGUCUACCUUCUGGUCAACUCCCAAGUUCGUCCAGAACAGUUUGCUCACGGAGUCCCAGACCUGAUGCUGAAGGACAUCGCCUGCAGCGAGACUCUCCUGAGACGCUUCAUAAUCUUUAGCCAGCGCCAUGGGGCACAGACAGUGCGUGACGCCAUGUGCUCCCUCUCCCAGGGCACCCUGCAGUGGGUGGAAGACACUCUGUAUGCCAACGUGGACUUCUUCAAGCUCUUCCGUGUGGUAAGGGAGGCAUUUAGCUGCUGACCCCUUGGAAGGUGAUUCUUGGGUGCAGGGCGAUCUGGUGGCAGGUCAUCGGGGACUCGUGAAUUGACGGUCAGGAGGGCAUGAGCCUGUUGUUCAAGACAGUUCUUGAGGAAGCUCCAGGCUCCAAAGACCCAAAGAAUCUUUACCGAUAUUAUUUUUAGAGCAGCAGCCCAGGCACCCAGGAGUCACUUUAGGUUCACCAUUAGUUAUGCAGUUGUGGCAGGUCUGAGUCCUUCCCAGUGUGGGAUAAAUCCUCUCUACCACCUCUAGCGGUGUGGAAAGGCGGAGUCCUGAUUUGACUGCCUGUCCUACUAUUUUCUAAGACAGUUGACCUUUGCUGGCCCCAUCGCUCAUCUAUGUAACAAAUACAAUACUUUAUAGAAUGGCAGGAAAGGAUACAUGAAAAAAAAAAUAGAUGCAAUCAUUAAAUAAAUUUCAAUACAUCAGAGCGUCACACUCUGGGUCUGGUCUUGACCACAGAGGUUGCUGUUUCCGGGUAGAAAAAAAAUAACAGAAAAUUCCAUAGUUUCAACCCCGUGUUCUAGAACUGCAUCCUAGAUACACUUCUUGGGACCUGAUAAUACUUCCUCUUUUGCUAGAAGGAUGAGAAGGAAUUAUAAAAAGGAGGUGAACAAUAGCAGUUCUUACGCUUCGAGUGUAUGAGCAUCACUAGAGAAGCUGGUAAAAGAUGCAAAUUGCAAAUUGCCAUCUCUGGAGACUGAUUCAGAAGGUCUGGGCUGGGCCCAGCAUCUUCCCUGUUAACCUUAGGUGGUUCCAAUGGAGGUCAUUGUAGACCAUGUUUUCAGAAACACUCAAAACUAAAAUUCUUCAGAGAAAAUGACAUAUGUAAAAAUAUACAUAUUGUUUCUAUAAUUAUAAAAUGUUUCUAGGAUCCAAUUUUUUUUUCUUGUGCCAUUUUAAUUUCU